AUGCGUUUUACGCCGGAAAACCAAGCAGUCCCGUCGCCGGCACCGGCAACAAAACAUGUGCCAGAGUUAGGUCCGCCGGUGAAACCAAAGAGGAACAGAUAUGCAUUCGCUUGUGCAAUCUUAGCCUCAAUGACUUCCAUCCUCCUUGGUUAUGAUAUAGGAGUGAUGAGUGGAGCAAUGAUUUAUAUCAAGAGAGAUUUGAAGAUUAGCGAUCUUCAAAUCGGGAUUCUCGCCGGUAUCCUCAACAUUUACUCACUUCUAGGAUCUUGCGCCGCCGGAAAAACCUCCGACUGGAUUGGUCGGCGUUACACAAUCGUGUUGGCCGGGGCAAUAUUCUUCGCCGGAGCUCUCCUCAUGGGAUUCGCCCCUAACUACGCUUUCCUCAUGUUCGGGAGGUUUGUCGCCGGGAUAGGCGUCGGUUAUGCCCUCAUGAUCGCACCUGUCUACACCGCCGAAGUCUCUCCGGCAUCUUCUCGCGGCUUCCUCACCUCCUUCCCCGAGGUGUUCAUCAAUGCCGGAAUAAUGUUCGGCUAUGUAUCGAACCUCGCCUUCUCCAAGUUUCCUCUGAAGCUGGGAUGGAGAUUCAUGCUCGGGGUCGGAGCCGUACCUUCCGUUUUACUCGCCCUCGGCGUUCUCGCCAUGCCGGAAUCUCCACGGUGGCUCGUUAUGCAAGGCCGUCUCGGCGAAGCCAAACGCGUUCUCGACAAAACCUCUGAUUCCCCCGCCGAAGCUGCUCUCCGCCUCGAAGACAUCAAAGAAGCCGCCGGAAUCCCCGCCGAUUGCCACGACGACGUCGUUCAGGUGUCGAGGAAGAACAGCCACGGCGAAGGAGUUUGGAGAGAGCUUCUGAUCCGUCCGACUCCAGCCGUACGUCGCGUUAUGAUCGCCGCGAUCGGAAUCCAUUUCUUCCAGCAAGCUUCCGGAAUCGACGCGGUGGUUCUCUUCUCACCGCGGAUCUUCAAAACCGCCGGCCUCAAAACCGAUCACCAGCAGCUUUUAGCCACCGUAGCCGUCGGAAUCGUGAAGACGUCGUUCAUACUGGUCGCCACAUUCCUCCUCGACCGGGUCGGAAGGCGGCCGUUGCUUCUGACCAGCGUCGGAGGAAUGGUACUCUCUCUGGCGACAUUAGGAACGUCUCUGACGAUUAUAGACCAGACGGAGAAGAAAGUGAUGUGGGCGGUGGUGCUGAGCAUCGCGACGGUAAUGACUUACGUGGCGACGUUUUCGAUCGGAGCGGGACCGAUAACAUGGGUUUACAGCACGGAGAUAUUCCCGUUGAGGCUGAGAUCACAGGGAUCGAGUAUGGCGGUGGUGGUGAACAGAGUGACCAGCGGCGUGAUCUCGAUGGCGUUUCUUCCGCUGUCGGAAGGGAUAACGACGGGAGGAGCGUUUUACUUGUUCGGAGGGAUUGCGACGGUGGCUUGGUUUUUCUUCUACACUUUCUUGCCGGAGACGCAAGGGAGGAUGCUUGAGGAUAUGGAUGAGCUUUUUAGUGGUUUCAGGUGGAGAGACUCCAAAAGUAAGCCUAAGAACAUGAACUCGAGUUCGAAUCCGGAAGUUGAGAUUGGACCAAACAAACAAAUUUGGAGGGGAAUGAGAUACAAAAUUAAAGUUGUAGAAAUUUGGUCA